AAGCCGAGCCUCGGGAUCUACGUGCACUCGAAAGUGCUCUUGGUCGACGAUGUCCUCGUCUCGAUUGGCUCGAGCAACUGGAACGUCCGCAGCAUGACGUCGGACGCUGAGAUUGGCCAGGAAAUUGUCGACACGACGCACGUCAUUGUCGAAGAUAACAUUCAAGUUACCAAGCUCGCACGCGACUUUCGCCUCAGCAAGUUUGGCGAGCUCACCAACUUUACUGUCGACUUUGCCAACCUCUCGUUUCUGCAAGCCGCGAACGCCCUCGAGACGUACGCCCAGCAACGCGACGCGUGGAUCGAGCCGUACAUGCUCUACGAAAAGCCAUAUUGGGCCAUUUACAGCGCCGGCGCCAAGAACCUCGUCGACGGCGACGGGCGCUGUACAAGCGGCGUGCCAUUGAGUCUCUGCCAGAAUGACUCGUGGCUACAGACGCAGUACCAAGUGAUUCAGAUCACGUGCGGCUGCGAACUCGCGGGCCUCGCUGUCAGCAUGUGCGACAACAUGACCACCUACCUCAACGCCGGUCAAGCCUCGGCCGAGGCGACGUUCACCAACAAGGCGCUUUUGUACUACGGCGGGAUCUUUGCCGGCGUCUCGGUUGGCGUUCUUCUCGUGGCGGGCUGCGGCUGCUACUACGGACGCAAGUGGCAUCGGAACCGACGCAAACAAGCGGUGAGCCCCACAACCAAGACUGUCGAGAAAGAGUAGCCAAUGUAAGCCUGUAGUAUCGAACCAUUAUUCCAGUUUGGUG